AUGAAUAUCCAGGGGAAAGGCUUCCCCUUGGACCUUGGAGGAAGCUUCACUGAAGAUGCUCCAAGGCCACCAGUUCCAGGUGAGGAGGGAGAACUCGUGUCCACAGAUCCCAGGCCAGUUAGCCAUGGUUUCUACCCCAGUAAAAGUGAUGUGGUUAGAAAUGAGAUGUCCACAGCGACACCAAGGCGCUCCGAUUUGGAUUUGGGCUACGAGCCUGAGGGGAGUGCUUCGCCAACUCCACCCUACCUGAAGUGGGCUGAGUCGCUGCACUCCUUGCUGGAUGACCAAGAUGGUAUCAACCUCUUCAGGACAUUCCUGAAACAGGAGGACUGUGCGGAUCUGCUGGACUUCUGGUUUGCCUGCAGCGGCUUCAGGAAGCUGGAGCCCUGUGCGUCCAACGAGGAAAAAAGACUCAAGCUGGCAAAAGCCAUUUACAAAAAGUACAUCCUGGACAACAAUGGCAUUGUGUCCCGGCAGAUCAAACCAGCCACAAAGAGCUUCAUUAAAGACUGUGUCAUGAAACUGCAGAUUGACCCCGAUAUGUUUGACCAGGCCCAAACAGAGAUUCAGUGCAUGAUAGAAGACAACACCUACCCCUUGUUCCUGAAGUCCGAUAUUUAUUUGGAAUACACAAGGACAGGUGGGGAAAGCCCAAAAAUUUACAGCGAUCCGAGCUCAGGGUCUGGGACCGGUAAAGGGCUGCCUGGUUAUCUGCCGACUCUGAACGAGGAUGAGGAGUGGAAGUGUGACCAAGAGGCCGAGCCCGAGGCCAACAGGGACUCGGCGCCUUCCAGCAGGCUCACGCAGAAGCUGCUCCUGGAGACAGCCCCCCAGCGCGCCGCCUCGGCACGGCGCUACAGCGAGGGGAGAGAGUUCAGGCAUGGGUCGUGGAGAGAGCCUGUUAACCCUUACUAUGUCAACACAGGCUACGCUUUGGCCCCAGCCACCAGUGCCAACGACAGCGAGCAGCAGAGCAUGUCCAGCGAUGCCGACACGAUGUCGCUGACAGACAGCAGUGUAGAUGGGAUCCCUCCGUACCGGCUCCGCAAGCAGCAUCGCCGAGAGAUGCAAGAAAGUGCCAAAGCAAACGGACGAGUGCCACUACCUCACAUUCCUCGGACAUACCGAAUGCCAAAGGACAUCCACGUGGAGCCAGAGAAGUUUGCUGCAGAGCUGAUCAACCGCCUGGAGGAGGUGCAGAGGGAGCGCGAGGCGGAGGAGAAGCUGGAGGAGCGCCUCAAACGCGUUCGAGCGGAAGAGGAGGGUGAGGAUGCAGAUGUCUCUUCUGGGCCCUCAGUCAUUAGCCACAAGAUGCCUUCUGCCCAAGCCUUUCAUCACUUUGCUCCUCGUUACUCUGAGAUGGGCUGUGCUGGGAUGCAAAUGAGGGAUGCCCACGAGGAGAACCCCGAGAGCAUCCUGGAUGAGCACGUGCAGCGUGUGAUGAAGACACCAGGCUGCCAGUCCCCCGGGCCCGGCCGCCACUCUCCUAAGCCGCGGUCCCCCGAGAGCGGCCACCUGGGGAAGCUGGCAGGGACACUGGGCACCGUCCCUCCGGGGCACGGCAAGCACGCAACCAAAUCAGGAAUGAAACUGGAUGCAGCUAACUUAUACCACCACAAACACAUCUACCACCACAUCCAUCACCACAGUGGGAUGAAGCCAAAAGAGCAGAUCGAGGCCGAGGCCACGCAGCGGGUGCAGAGCAGCUUUGCCUGGAACGUCGAUCCACACAACUAUGCAACCAAGGCACGGAACUACACUGACAGCUUGGGCAUGGCCCCUGGCCCCAUGGACUCCUUAGGCUACAGUGGGAAGGCCAGUCUGCUCUCCAAAAGAAAUGGUAAGAAGACUGAUUCAGGGAAAAGUGAUGGUGCCAACUAUGAGAUGCCAGGAUCUCCUGAAGACGUGGAGAGAAACCAGAAGAUCCUUCAGUGGAUCAUAGAAGGAGAGAAGGAGAUCAGCAGGCAUAAGAAAACAAACCACGGCUCUUCAGGUGCUAAGAAGCAGCUGUCCCAUGACGUGGGCAGACCUCUCUCCAUUGAGCGACCUGUGGCAGUGCAUCCCUGGGUCAGUGCCCAGCUCCGGAACGUCGUCCAACCUUCUCACCCCUUCAUCCAGGAUCCUACCAUGCCGCCCAACCCAGCCCCCAACCCUCUCACCCAGCUGGAAGAAGCUCGAAGGAGGUUGGAGGAGGAGGAAAAAAGGGCUGGAAAACUCCCUCCUAAGCAAAGCAGGUUGAAGCCCCAGAAGAGGCCAGGCAGUGGCACAUCCCAGCCGUGUGAGAACAUUGUGGUCGCCUACUACUUCUGUGGGGAGCCCAUCCCCUACCGCACCCUUGUCAAGGGGCGCGUGGUGACGCUGGGACAGUUCAAGGAGCUGCUGACUAAGAAAGGGAACUACAGGUAUUACUUUAAGAAAGUGAGCGACGAGUUUGACUGCGGCGUGGUGUUCGAGGAGGUGCGGGAGGAUGACACCAUCCUGCCCAUCUUCGAAGAGAAGAUCAUCGGCAAGGUGGAGAAGAUUGACUAAGCUCUAGAGCUGCCAAGGCAUGAGGACAGGACUGUGAAAGA